AUGGCUGUGGCGCUGCGAACGCGUUGGGGGAAGGUGUUUCAGCGACGCGGCGUCGAUGAAGACGGGCUGAAGGAGUGGCUUGGUCAAGAUUCUGGGCACCGCCCCCUCGGCCACCUGAGGCCGUUCCCGCCGUGCAGUUUCAGGGUGCAGAAGCACCAUUAUCAGAGAUGCCAUGCGCGGAUUUUCUUGCUCUUCGCUGGGGCCCGACAGGCACUUGCCGUGGAGACAUUGUACGAAGUUUUCGGGGACACAUGCAGCGAGGACGGCCCGCGACGCCUUCACGAGUUUGCCGAGGACGUCAACCACAGCCUCUUGUUCUUUAUCCCGAAGGGCCCGCCAGAGAGAUCGGGCCAAGGUGAGGUGUGUCACGCUGUGGACAGGGUCGGGCCGCUGAACGUCACGCAUGCUGACGAUAGGCUCCUUGCGAACGCAGCGCGCAUGGUGGUGGAGGAUGCGGUGGCAGCAAGGAUCACACAGCGGGAGUUGCUUCCCGGGAGGUGCAUGCUCUCCACCUUGAUAGACGUGGAGGAGGGGGUAGCGCAGCACUACGUGGACAACGACGGGCCGAUGGCCAUCUUCUUUGAUUUUGAAGCCGCUCUCCCGUCUACUGAGCACGGCUUCCUCCUCCAGCAUAGAGGGGAAUGGGUAUCAGGGACAAACCGAAGCACCUGGGUUUCAUCCAAGCCCCAGUGUCAUGGAGGAGUCGUGGAAUGCGCCUUUCGUCAAUGCGCCAUUCGACAAGAUGCUAGAGCGAGCGGUGGCCUGGGGCACGCUUGGCCCUGGUCGCUUUCACAUUUGAGCGGCCUACCGCGUGUUCGCGGCAUCUUUGGUCAUGUUCGUUGCUCAACUUCGGCCUCUACCAGCGGUGUUUGA